AUGAGCCUAUCUCUCGACCUCGAUGUCUGGAGCGAGCGCGCAGAGCUACUUGACACGACAUGGUACUGGCUCGAAUGCUCGCCCGACCAACAAAAGCCACACUGCAGCCUUGUCUCGCUGGGCAACCCACAGCCCAUAACGCUCUGCAUCGUCGAACCAGGAUCUGGAUACGUCGUACAGGGUAGUCCGGAAGAGAUCGAGUACAGUUACACCCACGAGAGCUCCACUCAUGAUCAUUCUCAGGCAAUCUGUUCCGCAAGCAGUGCGUGGUCAGCUGCUCCCCUGCAACUCGUUCGACCCAGUCAAAGCCAAGAAGCCCUUCGUCUCGACUUUAUUCUCGAGCCACCCACACAGAGCCUCGACUACUGGCGAGUCUCGGAGAGUUCCGGCAGCGAUCAGGUUGACUUCCUCAAUGAACAGCGCAGCCGUGAUCAGGAAGGCGUCCUGAUGACUGUAUCCGACAUGCGGCUCUAUGUCCGCAGUCCGCAGCCACAUGCCUAUAUGUGGAGUCAGUGCUGCGAUGCCUAUACCACCUUUUCGUACUACGUGCUUGCCAUCUCGGGCGCGAUCACCAUCAAAGACAGCAAGACGGAAAUCUUCUGCGUAGGUCACGCGCGGGGUCCGUCGGAGGAAGAUUGUCCGCCAGACUGGCAAGAGGUGCUGCAUGUCAAGCCUUAUACGCUCUGUCAAGACGAGAUCCACAUGACGAUGGCCUAA